AGGCUGUGAGCAGUCAUGCUGUGCCCUGCUGUGUCCCAGGCCAGGUACAAGCAGAGCCUGGACCCCACAGUGGACGAGGUGAAGAAGCUGUGCACGUCCCUGCGCCGCAAUGCCAAGGAGGAGCGCGUGCUGUUCCACUACAACGGGCACGGCGUGCCCCGGCCCACGGUCAACGGAGAGAUCUGGGUCUUCAACAAGAAUUACACUCAGUACAUCCCCCUGUCCAUCUAUGACCUGCAGACCUGGAUGGGGAGCCCUUCCAUCUUUGUCUACGACUGCUCCAACGCUGGACUCAUCGUCAAAUCCUUCAAACAAUUUGCACUACAGAGAGAGCAGGAGCUGGAGGUAGCUGCCAUUAACCCCAACCACCCCCUUGCCCAGAUGCCUCUGCCCCCCUCCAUGAAGAAUUGCAUCCAACUGGCAGCCUGUGAGGCCAACGAGCUGCUGCCCAUGAUCCCYGACCUGCCUGCAGAUCUGUUCACCUCCUGCCUCACCACCCCCAUCAAAAUCGCCCUGCGCUGGUUCUGCAUGCAGAAGAGUGUCAGGCUGGUGCCGGGAGUCACGCUGGAUUUAAUAGAGAAGAUUCCUGGGAGGCUGAACGACAGGAGAACUCCCCUGGGAGAGCUGAACUGGAUCUUCACAGCCAUCACAGACACCAUCGCCUGGAAUGUGCUGCCCAGAGAUCUUUUCCAGAAGCUCUUCAGGCAGGACCUGCUGGUGGCCAGUUUGUUCCGUAAUUUCCUCYUGGCAGAGAGGAUCAUGAGGUCCUACAACUGCACCCCUGUGAGCAGCCCCAGGCUGCCCCCCACGUACAUGCAUGCCAUGUGGCAAGCCUGGGACCUGGCUGUUGACAUUUGCCUUUCCCAGUUACCCACCAUUAUCGAGGAAGGAACUGCCUUCAGGGUAAACCCAUUUCUGGCCCCAGCUGUGACAGGAUUUGGAGUUCCUUGGUUCCCCUGCAGCUUGGGGGGUAAAUCAAGGAAUCCCUGCUCCCCCAUCCCCUAACCCCACUCUCUCCUGCAGGUGCUGCUGAGCCAGGUGCACCGGCUGCGAGCUCUGGAUCUGCUGGGGAGGUUCCUGGACCUGGGGCCCUGGGCUGUCAGUCUGGCCCUCUCUGUUGGCAUUUUCCCAUAUGUGCUGAAGCUCCUGCARAGCUCAGCCCGUGAGCUGAGACCUCUCCUGGUUUUCAUCUGGGCCAAGAUCCUGGCAGUGGACAGUUCGUGCCAGGCUGACCUGGUGAAGGACAAUGGACACAAAUAUUUCCUCUCGGUCCUGGCAGAUCCCUACAUGCCAGCUGAGCACAGGACCAUGACAGCWUUCAUCCUGGCUGUGAUUGUCAACAACUACAACACCGGGCAGGUUCGUUGUGCUGCUGUCUUUGCUCUGGGCACCUUUGUGGGCAACUCAGCAGAGAGAACAGACCACUCCACCACCAUCGACCACAACGUGGCCAUGAUGCUGGCCCAGCUCAUCAACGAUGGCAGCCCCAUGGUCAGGAAGGAGCUGGUGGUGGCCCUGAGUCACCUGGUGGUCCAGUACGAGAGCAAUUUCUGCACUGUGGCCUUGCAGUUCAUCGAGGAGGAGAAGAAUUACCCUCUGCCCUCUCCAGCUGCUCCAGAGGGUGGCAGCCUGACCCCGGUGCGGGAUGGACCCUGCACCCCACGCCUGCGCUCCGUCAGCUCCUACGGCAACAUCCGUGCUGUCACCACYGCCAGGAACCUCAACAAAUCCCUGCAGAACCUCAGCCUCAACGAGGAGACUGGGAGCUCUGUGGCAUUUUCCCCGGGGAACCUGAGCACGAGCAGCAGUGCCAGCAGCACCCUGGGCAGCCCYGAGAACGAGGAGUACAUCCUGUCCUUCGAGACCAUCGACAAGAUGAGAAGAGUCAGCUCCUACUCCUCUCUCAACUCCCUGAUCGGUGUGAGUUUCAACAGUGUUUAUACCCAAAUCUGGAGGGUGCUGCUCCACCUGGCUGCUGACCCCUAUCCUGACGUGUCUGAUUUGGCCAUGAAGGUUCUCAACAGCAUUGCCUACAAGAUAAUGCAAGUGGGACUGGCCUGCAGACUGAAGCCACAACGGCUCUCCAACCCAGGUGAACUAGUACAUGUGAGUCAGCAUGCAGACCCCUGCCACUCGUCACCCCGGCCCAGGCUGGCUGCCUAAAGCUCCAUCUCAUCCCAUCUCAUCCUGGGGAUCCACSAGGGAAGCGUUGGAGGGUCACCCCCAACCACSAGCACCAGCAGCUCCAGCCUGACCAACGAGGUGCCCAAGCAGCCGGUGAGCCGGGAGCUGGCGGCCGUGCGCCCUGCCAACGUCACCAACGUGGGUGUCCAGUACACCCCCCACUCCCACCAGUUCCCCAGGACCAGGAAAAUGUUUGACAAAGGCCCAGAGCAGACAGCUGACGAUGCUGACGAUGCCGUGGGACACAAGAGCUUCAUCUCGGCCGCGGUGCAGACGGGAUUCUGCGACUGGAGCGCCAAGUACUUCGCCCAGCCCGUCAUGAAGAUCCCCGAGGAGCACGACCUGGAGAGCCAAAUCCGCAAAGAGCGCGAGUGGCGCUUCCUGCGCAACGCCCGCGUCAGGAAACAGGCCCAGAAAAUCAUCCAGAAGGGCAUCUCCCGGUUGGACGAUCAGAUCUUCCUCAACAGGAACCCAGGCGUGCCCUCCGUGGUGAAAUUCCACCCUUUCACCCCCUGCAUCGCCGUGGCCGACAAGGACAGCAUCUGCUUUUGGGACUGGGAGAAAGGGGAGAAAUUGGACUAUUUCCACAACGGGAACCCCCGGUACACCCGGAUCACAGCCAUGGAGUACCUGAACGGGCAGGACUGCUCCCUGCUGCUCACUGCCACAGACGACGGUGCCAUCAGAGUGUGGAAGAACUUUGCAGACCUGGAGAAGAACCCAGAGAUGGUGACAGCCUGGCAGGGGCUGUCAGACAUGCUGCCAACCACACGAGGUCUGGCCCGAAGGGUGUCCAUCUACCUUGACMGGAGUAAGCAGGGAGGACUCUGUGUGACUGUGUGUUCUCUCUGGCAGGACAUCCCCACGGGAGCUGACAGCUGUGUCACCAGCCUGUCGUGUGACUCGCAGCGCUCACUGAUCGUGGCGGGGUUGGGCGAUGGCUCCAUCCGCGUGUUCGACAGGAGGAUGGCACUCAGUGAAUGCCGAGUCAUGACCUACCGGGAGCACACGGCCUGGGUGGUGAAGGCUUACCUGCAGAAACACCCCGAGGGCAACAUCAUGAGCGUCAGGUACCCGGGGCUCUUCUCCCUUGCACACGUUUUGGGUUUCCCUUUAAAUUCUGUCCCUGACAUCCUCAGAGCUGGGAGGGCAAAGCUCCUCGCCCCCAGUGACCCCCUGCUCUGUCCCUUUUCUUGCAGUGGCUCCAUGAACCAGUUCACUGCCAUCUACAACGGCAACGGGGAGCUGAUCAACAACAUCAAAUACUACGAUGGCUUCAUGGGCCAGAGAGUGGGAGCCAUCAGCUGCCUGGCCUUCCAUCCUCACUGGCCCCACCUGGCCGUGGGCAGCAAUGAUUUCUACAUCUCGGUGUACUCGGUGGAGAAGAGGAUCAGAUGACGGCUCCCGGUGAAUUCCGAGCGGCUCCAGGGCAGGGCCUCCCUGUACAUAGAGAAAUCAUCGACUUGAAUGUUUCGUGUUGGCUGCUGCUGCACCCCAUAACUUGAACAUUUGUUCUUCUGACUUGCCUACUGAUGGGUUUGACSAGGGGAAGAGACAAUCUCCCGGGUUGGUUUUGUUUCGUUUUCCAGCUAUAUCCUCUAAAAGCUACAGAAAAGGAGCGUUUAUUUUUGUUUCCAGUGGUUGGCUUCUCUGUCAGGAACACGGCUCCUGAGCYUGGAAGGACUUGGAUGAGGCGACACCCUUGAGAAGGGUCUUGUUUUAGUCUUUGUUCCUUGUUUUGCUGGAGUUCUUGGAGGACUGUCAGGACUCUCACAGCUCCACGGGACCCUCCAGCUGCUGCCAACCCCRCAUGGGAUGUCCCUGAGCGGGGACAGAGAGGCACGGAAGAGUCUCCUCUGCAUGAACCUCCUCCUCCUCCUCCUCCCUGCAGCGUCCUCUCGGCUGGAACAAGGACAGACGGGGACCUGGUGGCCUGGGCAGGCUGGCAUCCUGCAGGAUGGGCUCAGGGAGGUGACAGGGACAGGGCAGGGUGUCCCACACCGCUCAGCUGCGCCGUGGAGUGAGGAACACACGGGAGGAAAGAGAACCAAGAUCUCCAACGAGCCUGGAGCGAGUCASUGGUGCCACCCACAGUCCCUGGUGCCACCCACAGUCCCUGGWGCCACCCACCGUGCUGCUGGCGAGCUGGGGACACCCCAGGCACUGUCCCCACUGCCACAGGAGCUCCACAGCCACAUCUGCACCCGGCGAGGGAUGGAGGCUCCAGUGCCCGUCCUGAGCUCUGUGUGCACCCAGUGAGGGGCACAAUUUGGGCUGCACUGGCCAUGUGGCCACCACUGUGGCUCCUCUGUCCCUUUGGAACCGCCUGGGCACGGGAGAAUGGCCGAGGAGGAGGAGGAGGAGGAGGAGGAGGAAGGCAGAGGGUCAGUGUUCUGAGUGAAGCAUCCUCAGCUCAGCUCUCCAGGCAAAGCCUGCUCCGUCUUCCACACGGGAAACAUGAAUGUUGUGUCCCUUGGGGUGGCUCUGCAGCCAAUGUUGGGUCCCCAAGAGCCAUCCCUGUCCCCCUGCCAGGGAGGGCCACGUCACAGGAUAAUGAAUCAAAGGCUUUAAACCUAAAAACUACCUAAAAAUCCACUUGUAAGUAARUUACCCAAAGUUAAUUAUGGUCUAACAGAGCUGUGCCUCUUCCCGACCCGCUCCCGGGAUUGUCCGCGGGGGUGGAGCCAGARUUUGGGAUCACACGUAACCCCUUAACAUUCACAGCUUCGGAAAACAAUAGAUUUUUAACUCAGUAUCAGUGUAUUUGUGAAAGGAACAGGAAAUUCUUGGCGAGAGGGGAAAGGGCGUGGUGGGAGCCGCUGCUCCUGCCCGGCUGCUCCCGCCAGGCUCCGCUGCAGCCCCGCGUCCAGGACCGGGGAUUUUUAGGAAUUUUGGGCAGUUGGGCUUUUACCUGAGCGUGUGUGGGCUGUGCUUCCACAGGUCUGAUGCAGAGAUUCAAUCAUGGAAUCAARGAGUUUAACCAAGGAUCUGGAGAGUGUCCUACCUUAAAAGUUCACUUAUCUCUAUUUAUUUUACAAAAAUAAAAUUUAAAAAAAAAUAUAUAUAUAAAACCCCCCACACACACGAUUGUAAUGUGAGAGUAAAAUGAUUACAGACAAAUAAAUGGUUAAUAAAAAAUAAAUGCA